AUGCAACGAGUAUCCUCGUUGCUACCGACCUGGGAGCGCACCAGGUCGGUUGACGGCAGGAACAGGAGCAGCAGCAGUACUGCCAAUUCUCCCUCUCCCAAGAAUAGCCACAGCAGUAACUCAAGCGCCUUCGGGAGGGUCUUUGGCUGGGCUGAUAGAAUCACGCCAUCUCGCAUAUCGGGUAGCACCUCUACACACUCCACUGCAUCACCAACGGCCGCGGCGACAGCAACAACACAAGCUGUCAUCUCCAAGUAUGGAAAGGAGAACUACUGGCCGAGUAGCCUCGAGAGGGAGUGCGAGAAGGCCGCUCUUAUAUUGAAGUCUUUCUGCACUGAUGGAUUUCUUUCAUACGAGUCGGACGCCGGCGCCGAACUGGCCAACCCGUUGCCAUUACCACUAUCAGAAACGUCGAUUUCCACAAGUCAAGUCCAGAUAAUGAAGAAAGUACCGCCAAGAAUCAUACAAAAAGCCGCUGGCCUGGCCAUUUUCUCAUGCAUGCGAUCGGGUCUAUGGAUGUCUGGUUCCGGAGGAUCCGGAAUUUUGAUUGCGCGUAAGGCCGACGGAACCUGGUCACCUCCUUCGGGCAUCCUUCUCCACACGGCAGCUUUGGGCUUCGUCGUUGGCGUCGAUAUUUACGACUGCGUUCUGGUCAUCAACAGCUUCGCCGCCCUGGAGAUGUUUACCCGCUCCAAGGUUAUGCUGGGAGCCGAUCUGGGCCUUACCGUAGGCCCCGUCGUUCCAGUGGGCUUGUUGGAGAAUGACGCUAGAUGGAAGGAACUUGACAAUAGUGUGUUAACCUAUUUGAAGGCUAGAGGCCAGCACCGCGCGGUGCAGCUCGACGGCUCUCUGGUGACUGAGCGGGGCAACGAGAACGAGAAAUUCUAUGGUGCCGGCGUCCAGAUCCCAGACAUCCUGGCAGGAAAUGUGAGGAAAGAGAUCCCCGAGAUCUCACCUCUGUUCGAGGCCAUUAAGGCUGCCGAAGGCCGUACCGACUACGACGUACGCAUCAUGCAGGCUUUGUCCCAGCAGCCAGCGCCUGGCGAUGCCACAAUCGAAUCACCAACAGGCACACCAAUAUCCCCGAUAAAGCCGAAUUUUGGUCUCCCUGACGUCGACGACCCGGAUCCUUUCGGCAUAAUCGCCUUGGAAAUGGCCGGACUCGAAAUCCGAGAGGCCGGGGCCAACAAUCGCCCAGCUAGCACAAACUUUGACUACUGUCCCACUCCCGCGAGCCCGAUCUCCAGCAAUUCCCAACGCCAGAGUAUGGAUACAUUUGUCAGCCGCAGCAACAGGGGAAGCUACAUGUCGAGCAGGACACAGGCGACAUCAAUGACGGACGCCUUCACGCAGACGGAUCUGGGGGAGUCUGCCAGGACAUCACCCAGCCCUAGCCAUAGCGAUUUGAAGAAAUAUACCUCGCCAAAGCCACCCUCUGUGGCCGAGGAGCCAGAAGAGAUCGACUACACCAAGAUCGAUAUGAGCCCUCUGGAAAGCUUUAGUUUCCGCUUCGGACAGCUCGCUGAGCCGUCUGCGCCGACAACAGUCCAGGCUGUGCAGCCACCCACAUCCAACAACUCUAACGGUGCAGUAGAGUACGCCGCCUCAAUUAUGCUGCCCGAGGACGAGGAGGACCGGGACGGCGACGCGGAUGACGAAGAUGACGAGUCAGAUGAUGAAGAACCCAUCAUCUAUGAAGUAGCCGCAACUGCCCAGCCGACUCGCGCCGUGAUAAUGGCGAGACAGGCCGCGCAGGUAGUCUCGGCCAAGGGGGCUUUGGUCACCAUUCCCAAGCGUCAUGUGCCUAGCUUGCCGGCUAGGAAUCCCGCACGAUCAUCAAAUGCCAGCCAGAACGACAUUGAUGUGAACGUAGCUUACCCUCAAAGCCCAGCCCGAUCUUCAUUUGACGACACGGAGGUCAAUAGAACACCAAAAUCAACUUUGCACCUCAGCACACCUCCUAGGUCUCACCAACGAAACUCGUCUUCGGUGUACUUCCCCACACAGGUCGACCCAGCCACACCCAAAGCGUCUUGCAUGAACGACACCAGCUCUGUUGACGAAGAGUUCCUCGGAGAGCCUCGCACGCCUCGACCAGACGAACAUGUUCAUCAAACAACAGACAGCUUUGGUCGCCACGGCGAACUGAAACUCACCCCUAAUCUCAACACUGGCACCAUUCAAGUCUUGUAG